CUUCCGGGGCGGGGCGCGGUGAGCUCGGUUUUCCUGGGCUUCGCCUCUCUCGGUAUCUGUCUAGUCCUUCGCAACUGUAAUGAGUUUCCUCAAAAGUUUCCCGCCACCGGGGUCGGCUGAGGGGCUUCGGCAGCAGCAGCCAGAUACCGAGGCUGUGCUAAAUGGGAAGGGCCUUGGCACCGGCACUCUUUACAUCGCUGAGAGCCGCCUGUCUUGGUUAGAUGGCUCUGGACUGGGAUUCUCGCUGGAGUACCCCACCAUUAGUCUGCAUGCGGUGUCAAGGGACCUACAUGCCUACCCACGCGAACAUCUGUAUGUUAUGGUGAAUGCCAAAUUUGGAGAAGAAUCAAAAGAAUCUGUUGCUGAUGAAGAAGAGGAAGACAGUGAUGAUGAUGAUGUUGAACCUAUUGCUGAAUUUAGAUUUGUACCUAGUGAUAAAUCAGCAUUAGAGGCAAUGUUCACUGCAAUGUGUGAAUGCCAGGCUUUGCAUCCAGAUCCUGAAGAUGAGGAUUCAGAUGAUUACGAUGGAGAAGAAUAUGAUGUAGAAGCACAUGAGCAAGGGCAGGGGGACAUCCCUACCUUUUACACCUAUGAAGAAGGAUUAUCCCAUUUAACAGCCGAAGGCCAGGCCACAUUGGAGAGAUUAGAAGGAAUGCUUUCUCAGUCUGUGAGCAGCCAGUAUAACAUGGCUGGGGUCCGGACAGAAGAUUCAAUAAGAGAUUAUGAAGAUGGGAUGGAGAUAGAUUCGACGCCCACAGUUGCUGGGCAGUUUGAGGAUGCAGAUGUUGAUCACUGAGAAUGACUUCAUGCUGCUUUGAGAUUCUGUGCAUAACGGUAGGAGAGAACUUGGUGCCUUUUCCACUGUGGAGUGGGUGUUGAUGAAAGUGUUUUUCCUUUUUCAAAACUUACCUGAUGAACCAGUUCUUUCUUGAGACAAACGGUACCGAGACAAGUUGUCACCAGCAGAAAAAAAAAUGACCUUUAUUAACAAAGGUGAAUUCACUUGACCAAGAGGGUGUUUGUAGUUUAUCAUUUGUCCCCAAACUUUCUGUGUCCGGGCACCCUCUGAGUAGGCCUGUAGUCCCUGCCGUCAGCGUGCGCUUCCUCCGUGACCCAGCAGGGCCACGUGGUGCAAAGGCGCGGGCACUUGCGCUGCCAGUAGACUGGCUGCGAGAGGGGCUGAGCCCAAGACACACCCCUUAGGGCCUGAGGAUAACCUUACCCUGAGAAAGUCAGACAAAGAUCUCAGAGGGGCCCUGGCCCGUGCUCCUUCUCCACGGGGGCAAGGCUCUUUUUACUGAUUCGGGACCCAGAUUCAUUCAUUCAGGCAUCUUGAGGGAGCCGCUUUGGAAACACAUCCCAGCCACACAUGCUACGCAAGUGCUUCUGACUAGCUUUUGUUCCUUUCACCGUGUUUUACCAGUCUGUUCUGUUAUAACCUCUUAGGUUAUAUCCUUUCAUUUCUAGACUCUUAUUUCAGUUUCUGUAACAGAACGCGUGAAAUUGGGAUGAAGACAUCAAAGUAUUGUACUUCAGAUGACAAUUGUUUUGUCUUUGUAAUAGCUUAAAUAAAUCUAGAUUUUCUAUAUUA